CGCCCCCGGACGCCUGUGGUUUCCUAGGGAACGACGCUGUGCGUCUGCCGCGAUUGGGCCGGGUCGCGCGUGCGCAGUGCGCUCUGUUGGUGGCGACCCCGCGGUGGUUGCCGAGAUUUGGCUGCUGCACAGGAUGGCCCAUUUCUCUAGCGAGGAUGAGGUGAUGCUGCAGGGGAUGCUCAGGCAGCUGUUCCAGAGUGUGAAGGAGAAAAUCACCGGCGCUCCCUCCUUGGAAUGCGCAGAGGAGAUCCUCCUGCGGCUGGAGGAAACUGACGAAAAUUUCCACAACUAUGAAUUUGUGAAAUACCUUAGACAGCACAUAUGUAACACGUUGGGAUCUAUGAUUGAAGAAGAAAUGGAAAAAUGCACAUCUGAUCAGAAUCAGGGUGAGGAAUCUGGUUAUGACACUGUUGUUCAGCAUGUUACCAAAAGAACCCAGGACUCUAAAGAGUAUAAGGAAAUGAUGCAUUCCCUGAAGAACAUUAUGGUGGUGGUGGUAGAGUCCAUGAUGAACAAGUUUGAAGAAGAUGAGACGCGGAGUCAGGACAGGCAGAGGAGGACGCAGAAGGAGACAAGCAGCAGCUGCUGCACGGACAACUGCUCCGACGACUCUUCCUUCAAUCAGAGCUACAAAUUUUGUCAAGGAAAACUACAACUGAUUUUAGAUCAGCUGGAUCCCGGGCAGCCGGAAGAGGUGAGAUACGAAGCUUUGCAAACGCUCUGCUCAGCUCCUCCAUCCGAUGUCCUAAACUGUGAAAACUGGACCACGCUCUGUGAAAAGCUGACCACAUCUCUGUCCAGCCCAGACCCCAUGUUCACUGACCGGAUUUUAAAGUUCUAUGCACAGACCUUUACACUCUCACCAUUACACAUGACCAAGGAAAUUUAUACAAGCUUAGCUAAAUAUCUGGAGUUAUACUUUCUCUCUAGAGAAAACCACAGUCUUACUCUUUCCACUGGACUAGACAUAACCAAUCCUACUGUGACCCGCUUACUAAAGAAGGUUCGCCUUCUGAAUGAAUAUCAGAAAGAGGCUCCAUCUUUUUGGAUUCGUCACCCAGAGAAGUAUAUGGAGGAAAUCGUGGAGAGCACGUUGUCCUUGUUGUCAGUCAGACACGACCAGACCCACCUUGUCUCACAGAAGAUUUUGGAUCCCAUCUAUUUUUUUGCAUUAGUUGAUACUAAAGCUGUGUGGUUCAAGAAAUGGAUGCAUGCAUACUAUAGCAGAACUGCAGUACUGAGACUUCUUGAAAAGAAAUAUAAAUCUCUGAUAACUACAGCAGUUCAGCAGUGUGUUCAGUACUUGGAAUUGUGUAAAGCUAUGAAAGCUGAUGAAAUUUUAGGACAUUCAAAGCAUUGUGGAAACAAGCAAAAGAGCUUCUACUACUCAGGACAAGAAUUGCAAUAUAUUUAUUUCAUUCACUCACUGUGCCUUUUAGGAAGAUUGCUGAUCUAUACACAAGGCAGAAGAUUAUUCCCCAUAAAGCUGAAGAACAGAAAAGAUUCAGUAUCUCUCACAAAUCUGCUGGUCUUGUUUACUCAACUUAUCUAUUAUUCACCAAGUUGUCCAAAGAUGACAUCAGUUGCAUAUUCAGAGAAUUAUUCUCCUGCAAGCAUGGUGACUGACGUUCUGCAGAUCCUCUGCGACCAGAAAGAGUGUGCCGUCGAGUGCUUGUACAACAGCACGGUGAUGGAGGCGCUUCUGCAGCCCAUUCAUAACUUGAUGACAGGAACUCCGGCUGCUCCAGAAUGCUCUGAGACUGCUCUAAUUCACAUAGCUGAUAUUUUGGCAAGAAUCGCUUCUGUAGAGGAAGGGCUUAUUUUACUUCUUUAUGGGGAAAAUAUGAACUCCUCGGAAGACGAAAGUCCUACAGGUGCUCAUAUCAUAGCCAAGUUCUCAAAGAAACUGCUUGAUGAAGAUAUUUCUAUCUUUUCUGCAUUGGAAAUGUUGCCUGUGGUUAAAGGAGCAUUCAUUUCUGUGUGUCGUCAAAUAUAUGGCACAUGUGAAGGCUUGCAGGUGUUGCUUCCUUAUGCCUUACAUGAAUCCAUAGCAAAGGCAUGGAAGAAGACAAGCUUGCUAUCCGAAAGGAUUCCCACUCCAGUGGAGGGCUCGGAUUCAGUUUCCUCAGUAAGCCAGGAGUCUCCCAACACUGUGGCUUGGGAAGACAAUUUGUUGGAUGAUUUACUCAAUUUUGCUGCCACCCCCAAAGGACUGCUGCUUCUGCAGAGAACAGGUGCCAUCAACGAAUGUGUGACGUUUAUGUUCAGCCAAUAUGCAAAAGAGCCACAGAUCAACAGGGUGAAGAAGUUUGGCUAUGAAGUUUUGCUUGUGCAGGUGGCCUCCACAGCAGCAGGCGCAGUAGCUCUACAGAACUCAGGCUUCAUUAGUGCACUUAUAACUGAGUUAUGGGCCAAUCUUGAAUGUGGAAGAGAUGAUGUCAGGGUAACUCAUCCUCGAGCUACUCCAGUGGAUCCUAUUGACCGGAGCUGCCAAAAGUCCUUCCUUGCACUGGUGAACCUGCUGUCCUACCCUGCUGUGUAUGAGCUGACAGGCAAUCAGGAACUUCCUAAUAAGGCGGAGUAUUCUCUUCGUGAAGUUCCAACAAGUAUUAUCGAUAUAAUCGAUAGGCUUAUCAUUUUGAACUCUGAAGCUAAGAUUCGUUCUUUACUGAAUUAUGAACAGUCACACAUCUUUGGUUUAAGGUUGCUGAGUGUGAUAUGCUGCGACCUGGAUGCUCUUCUCUUACUGGAAGCUCAGUACCAACUCUCUAGCUUGCUGCUGCAUGCUCAGGAAGAAAACACCUUUGAGACCUCUGAGAACCACAGGGACUUUAUAAUUGAUGGCUUAUCAGUAGAAAGGAAUCAUGUUCUUGUUAGGAUUAAUCUCAUUGGUGGGCCCUUUGAGCGGACUUUGCCUCCAAGGACACUUGAGAAGGGGGAUGACCCAUAUCCUUGGCCAAUGUUUUCUUCAUAUCCAUUGCCAAACUGCUACAUGUCAGAAGGUCCACGGAGUGCUGACAUAAAACAAGACAGUGACAUUGGAACGCUGUUAUCAUGCUUCAAAAUGUCUGAUAAACAAACAGAGUGGAUAGAAAACUGCCGAAGACAGUUUUGUGAAACAAUGAAGUCCAAGCCGGAUGCCAUCAGUGGAGGCGCUUUAGGUGAACUACUUGAAAAAUUUGUCUUUCUUCUCACCGAAAACCCAUCUGAGUGUUACUUCCCUUUAGUGGAUUACACAGCUACUGAUGCAAAUGUGAAGAAUGAAACGCUCUCAUCUGUUCAGCAGCUUGGCAUUAAAAUGACUGUCAGGUAUGGCAAGUUUCUCAACUUGUUGAAAGAUGGUGCCGAAAAUGACCUUGCCUUGGUCUUAAAGCAUUGUGAGAGGUUCCUGAAACAACAGCAGUCACCUGUCACUUCUUCCCUUCUGUGCCUGCAAGGAAACUACACAGGCCACGACUGGUUUGUGUCUUCCCUGUUCAUGAUAAUGCAGGGGGACAGAGAGAAGACAUUUCAGUUUCUUCAGCACUUCUCCAGGCUUCUGACCUCUGCCUUCCUUUGGGUGCCAAGGCUGCAUAUUUCUAGGUUCCUCCCUGUUGAUACCCUAGAAACUGGCAUCCAUCCCAUAUAUUCGUGCAGCACUCACUAUGUUGAAAUGCUACUGAAGGCUGAGGUGCCACUUGUGUUCUCAGCUUUCCACAUGUCUGGUUUUGCUCCAUCACAGAUUUGCCUACAGUGGAUAACUCAGUGUUUUUGGAACUACUUGGAUUGGAUGGAAAUAUGCCAUUACAUUGCUACUUGUGUUGUCCUUGGUCCUGAUUAUCAAGUGUAUGUCUGCAUAGCUGUCCUCAAACAUCUGCAGCGAGACAUUCUCCAGCACACUCAGACUCAAGAUCUACAGGUCUUUCUCAAAGAAGAAGCACUGCGUGGGUUUCGCAUAAGCAACUAUUUUGAAUACAUGGAGACUUUGGAGCAAAACUACCGACUAGUGCUGUUAAGAGACAUGCACAGCAUUAGAGUGCAGAGCAUAUAGAUCAUGGGAAGCCACUCUUAACUGUAUGUUCUAUUCAUUCAUAAAGGAGACAAGGCAACUUGAUUGUGUUCUGUCUACAUCUACAGCCUUUGCAUUGUAUACGCAUGCACUGGAAACUAGUAGGGAGAGGU